AUGGAGCCCACCCGCAACUGCUCCCACGCCUGCUCCGAGCACCGUGACCUCUGCUCCGUGGUCGUUACUCCGUCAGACGAUAGCGGGGGCCGUGGGAGCCCCCCGUCCCUGGCCCCUGCCCUCCGGGGCGUCGUGUGGACUCUCCUCGGGGCCGGACUCCUCCUCACCCUCUUCUUCCUGGCCUUCACCAUCCGCUGCCGCAGGAACAGGAUCGUGAAGAUGUCCAGCCCCAACCUGAACAUCGUGACCCUGCUGGGCAGCGGGCUGACGUACAGCAGCGCCUUCCUCUUCGGGGUCCAGGAGCCCGGCACCUGGGCCGGAGCGUCGCUGGAGACCGUGGUCCAGACCCGGCUGGCCCUGCUGGCCCUUGGAAGCUCGCUGAUAUUCUGUCCCAUCCUGGGGAAGAGCUGGAGACUCCACAAAGUGUUCACCCAACGCCUUCCCAACAAGAGAGUGAUCAUCAAAGACCUGCAACUGCUGGGGCUGGUGGCCGCGCUGGUCUUGGCCGACGCCGUGCUGCUCGCCACCUGGACUCUCUCGGACCCGGUCCGCUGUCUCCGCGUCUUCAGUUUCACCGUGAGGGUGUCUGACAGAGACCUCUUCUGUUCUGGAGCCUGGACUCACCUCUGCGCUUCACGCUACGCCGACCUCUGGGUCGUCCUCAUCCUGGGAAGCAAGGGGGCACUCUUACUGGUGGGCGCGUACGUGGCCGGACUGACGGGCCCCAUCAGCUCUCCGCCGGUGAACCAGUCCUCUGCCCUCCUUGCGGGCAUCUUCCUGGCCGCGCUGGCAACUGGCACCACCCUGCUGGUUGCCCACCUCUUCCCCACCUGGCCCAACCUGCUCUUUGGUCUCACGUCCGGUGGUAUCAUCAUCUGCACGACCACGGUCAACUGCUUCGUCUUCCUGCCCCAGCUGAGGCAGUGGCGGGCGUUCGACGAGGAAAGCCCGGCCGCGGGGCACCUGGCCAAAUACUUCAGCUCCCCCAGCAAAAGUCACCCCGGCCCCAGCAGCGAAGACCAGAUCUACUCUCUCAAGAGGCUGCUCAGCGAGAAAAACGCCGCCAUCGAGACGCUGCAGGACCAGGUGGCCAAGGCCAAAGAGAGGCUGGUGAGGCUGAUGGCGGCCGAGGGCUCUCCGGGGUCGGAUGCUGCCCCGCCUGCCCCUUCCAGUUCCCCCGGGCGCCGGGACCCCGUCAGCCCCCCGGACACUCCGGCGCCCGCCUGGCACCCGCCGCCCGGCCCCGAGGAGCACGCGGCCGGGCCGGAGGACCUCCCUGACUCCGCCGCCCCCCGCCAGGCCCCGCCGCGCCCGGUCCCCGGACGGUUUGUCAGCCACGACCAACUGAGGGACGUCUUGUGGGAGCUGUGGGGCGGAGGUCCCCGGGGGUCCCGCGACCCCAUUGCCACCCGGGAGCCUCCGAGGAGGGCUCCCGACGCCGGCAUGACCUUUAACCCCUACCACGUUAGAAGACGAAGGGCAGCGGCCCUCCAGCCCCCGCCCCGUUUUCCCGGGCCUGUGCCGGGAUGGGGCCGCCAAGGAAGGGUGGUCUCCACGCCAACCCUGGGCCCAGGCCUGCCGGAAGACGACAGGCCGAGCCAGGCCGGGGGCAUCGGCGGGCAUCCGGAGGGAGGCCAGGACUCCUCUUGGCCCCGGCCUCCCGCCGGCAGUCGAAGCCCCCCGGCAGAGAGCGGGCGGGACCGGCCCGGAGCCCCCAGGAUCGGACGGAGCCCCGGGUCCCCCAUCCUGCCCUUCGGGGCGCCCCGCUUCUUCCCCGCGCCGGAACGGCGGCCCUGGGCGGCCCCGGGGGGCUGCCCCGACUCGGAGUCCAGCAGUUCCUCGGACGAGUGGUCCUGCCGCCGCGCCCCCCGCCGCUCCGGGCUCUACUGCGAAGUCUGCUUUCGGCGCCGUCCCAGCUCCAGCGACAGCACCCCGUCCGACGCAGACCCCGAUCCCGCCCGCUGGCCCGCACCGCUGGUCAACUUCAAGGAGGACCUGACGCCCACCUUGGUCUGA